UCAUGUUAGCGGAUUUAUGGCAGCAGCUUUGCUUCAUGAAAACGACGAUCACAGCUCUGACAGCACCAUCCUCUGCGUGCUUCUCGGUUCGAUCAGGCUGGCGUCUCUUUUCUUCCCAAUGUUGGGGCCAUGCCAAUAAUUUUCAACUUGUUCACCAUGGUAAAUCACGUGCUUGCUGGCAACGCGGUCACAUGUUCUGUAAUCACAACAAUUAUGCUAUGACAUCCGAUCGGAAGUAUCUCUUGCUGCUGAAAUCAAUGAUCCGGACGAUUGUCUCGCAGCUAGACCCUACAUUACAGAUCUUCGAUCCAACUCAAUUUGUGCAGUAGCUCUGACAAGGAUGCCCCCGCAAAAGUCUUGAC